AUGGCUAGAAAUCAUUUUAGUAGCACAAUUCCAAGAGAUUUAUAAUAUGCAUUGACAGCUUUUAAUCAGAUAAAGCAAGGAAAGUCAAUCAAUAUAAUGAAUAUCAGUGACAUUCAGAUUCUUUAGUAAUAUGAUUUAGAGGAUGAUAAUUUUGACUUUAAUCUUGAAUUUGAUCAAAUAAUAGAAGUACUUGAAUAAAAAAGAUCCAAAUAAUUCAAUCUAGACAGAGAGACUUACAUCCUAUUUCAAGUUAUGACUUCGCUAAAAAAUCACAAGAUGAUCUACAGUCUGAUUGAUGAAUAUGUACCAUAUUUUACAAAUUACUUCAAAGAUAUGAACAAGCAUUAUAGAGACAUUAAGAGUGGUGAAAUUUUAUCUAAAUCUAUCUUGCUAGCUUACAUCCUCUACUACAGGCUGAGUGGUCAACAAAACUCCACCUUAUACUUUGAACUCUAAAAGUACAUCUUUAGAUUUCAAAGAAUGUUUCUUUCAAAGACUUCUAAGUUUUAGGCAUUGGUUUAUAAGUAAUAAUUAAUUUUGGCAAAGACUGAGAGUUCUUAAUCGUCUAAAAUGGAUAAUAAUCACAAUAAUGGGGUUGAGAUUCAUCCAUUAAAGUUAGUCAGCAGUUUUUUCUUGCAACAAAUGCUAAUGCAAUAAGACAGUUAGUUAGGAGAGGAAUCAUGGCCAGAGGAAAUCAAUUUAAAUUUUGAAGAUUUAAUUAGACUCUAUGAAACUUAGACCUAUGAGUAUGAUGAGAACUUAUUCGAGAUGUUCACUGAUUUGCUUAUGGAAUAAUAAGAAAAUAAGAUAAUGUUUUCACAAGAGAAAUAGUAGCUUUCAUAAAUCUUAGAUUUUUUGGGAGUUCUAAGUGAUCUCGUCUUUUAAGGAUAUGAACAUAGAUGCAUCAAUAAGCUAAUGGAGCAUUUGAUUAAUCAAGCUCUUAUCAACAUUGAUUAGCUCCAAGAUUUUACAUUAAUAAUUAAAUCAAUGUCUAUACUUAACAACACUCUAAUUGCAAGAAUAGUCGACAAUCCCUUGCUGAUGAAAUUAGUUGUAGAUACUAUAGUUCAUUAAUUCAAAAAUAAUAUCAAUACAAAUUUCAAACCUAAUGACAUUGAGAAAAGUGAUAUUAUCAGAUUACUAUAGUAUUGCGAGGACUAUGAUUAACUAGUUGAACAGGUGAUGAUCCGAAUGAAGGAUCAUAAGUACCUAAGAUCUGAUAUUGAUAUUGCAUUGUACGCUAAAAUAGGGCAUGACUUGAUCCUUGAUUUUAAAAUGGAAGACAGCACUCUAAAUAGCAAAGUUAAGCGAAUGAUAAUCAGAAAUCAAGGGGUUUAAGAUUUCCUUAAAUCUGAUAGUAUGCUUUAGUUCAUGAGAGACUUCAAGAAUUUGUAGUACUCAGUUGUUGAUCAACUGAAGAGAACUCUAUUUAAAAAAGCUUAGGACAAACCGAUCGAUUUCUAAAAGAUAUCACAGCCUAAGUUUGAGGAAAAUAGUCUAUGGAACAUUUAAGAUAUUGAUGAGUGCUUGGAAACUUAUUUUCUGAUUUUAUAUUCACUAACCAGUAUAAAUUUGUAAGAGAUCUAUGAGGAUAAAAAGAUUAUAUUGAACAUUCAUUUGAUUUACGAUCUCUUGAAUAUGAUUAUAGAUUAGAUUGAUCCAUGGUUUAUUGAGUAGAUCAUAAUAUAAUUCCACACUAAAAAUUUGCUCAAAGAAAGACUUGGCGCAACUGGAGAGACACUUUAUGACAUCACAGAGGAAUAUGUUAUUAAAAAUUGGAAUAUGUUUUCAGACUAUUUCAGACAUUUGUAUAGGCAAACUCUCUAUGAAGAUUGA